CAUAUGGAACAUGGCGGAAGGUGAAAAAUCACUAAAUGGGCUGCAGAUAUGCACGAGAUGGUUGGAAGCCUCAGAUUGGGGUGCUUCCAUCCUCCACUAUGUGGCAGAGCAGGUGCUCCAUAUUUAUUGCCUGGAGGCAGAGCCACAGCCAGAACAGCAGGAGCAGCAGGUGCGGGAGCGCAUCCUGCACCCGCUCGAGUGCUUCUUGUUCGGGGAAGAUCCGUGCACUGCUCUGGAGAAACUGCAGCAGAGAAAUUACAGCGCUUCCUCUCAGCUGUGUGGGCGUGUUUUUAAAGAGGGCGAAACAGUCUACUCCUGCAGGGACUGUGCGAUAGACCCCACCUGUGUGUUCUGCAUGGACUGCUUUCAGAGCAGCGUACACAAAGGACACCGCUACAAGAUGCAUGCUUCGUCAGGAGGAGGCUUCUGUGACUGUGGGGACUUGGAGGCCUGGAAGACUGGCCCCUGGUGUUCCCAGCACGACCCAGGAACCUCUGUCGCCAUGGAGACAGAUGAGUGUGUGUUGGAGGUGGGACUCCAGGAGCGGGCUUUCAUGCUGUUUCAGGUGCUGCUGAGUUAUAUCACAGAACUGAUGGUGUGGGAAGAAAGUAAUGAGCUCUCUGAGGAGUUGCAGCCUAGACUGAAAGAGGACAAGUACUACUGUGUGCUUUACAAUGAUGAGCAUCACUCGUACGAUCAUGUGAUCUACACUCUUCAGAGGGCCAUCAGCUGUGACCACAGUGAAGCUCAAACACACACAGCCCUCAUUGAUAAAGAGGGUCGCAGAGCUGUAAAGACAGGAACCCUGAGGUGCUGUCAGCAAGCUAAAGCUCUCAUCAGGACAAACUCUGAGCACAUUACCCAGCAGCCCUUGCGAGUGGAGAUCUUGCACGCUGCUGUGAUGGCCCAUCAGACCUUUGCUCUCAGAUUGGGCACAUGGUUUCAGCAGAUCAUUGGUUACUCAGUGGGCUUCAGGCAGGUGUUUUGCCAGGUGGCUCUGAAGCCCAGUGCUGAUGGUGAAAAACCCUGUUUGAUUAGCCGUCUAAUGCUACACGAUGCCAGAUUAUAUAAAGGAGCCCGUAAAGUUAUCCAUGAACUGAUUUUCUGCAGUCUACUGAUGGAAACGGAAUAUAAGAGACAAUUUGCCAUGUUAUUUACAGAGAACUAUAAACAGUUGCAGGAGGAUUUCAUAAGUGAUGACCAUGAGCGGAACAUCUCAAUCACAGCCUUAUCUGUGCAGAUCUUCACUGUUCCCACUCUGGCGAGACAGUUGAUUGAGGAAGGCAGUGUGAUAAAGGUGAUUUUAGACACCGUCAUGGAGGUGCUGAGAGAACAUCUCGACAACAGCCAGCGCUUCCAUUUUCAGGGCUACAAUUCUGACAAGUUCUUCCGAAUUCAAGUGAUCUUCCAUGACCUCAGGUACAUUCUGAUCAGUAAACCCACAGUAUGGACUGAACAGCUGAGGCAGAAGUUUCUGGAAGGUUUCAGUGACUUUCUGGAGAUGCUUAGAUGCAUGCAGGGAAUGGAGGAGAUGAAGAGGCAGUUUGGCCAGCAUAUCGAGGUGGAGCCAGAAUGGGAGGCAGGCUUCUCCAUCCAGAUGCAGCUACGCCACAUUCUUUCUAUGUUUCAGGACUGGUGUGCCUCUGACGAGAGAGUCCUGCUGCAGGCCUUUAGGCAGUGUCACCAGGUCUUGCUACAAUGCACCAACCAGCCCUUCCACAGUGAGCCAACCGACAGCUACAUGCGCAAACACAUCCUCCACAUACGGCCCUACAGGGUCUCGCAGGAGCCUGUUUCCAUCCACCUGCCCAUCUCCAGACUGCUGGCUGGCCUGUAUUUGCUCUUGUGUCGGACAGGGGCCAUCAAAUAUCUCCCUGACUUUGUGGAUCCACAGCAGCUGGACCUCCCUGCACUGGUGGAACAGCCUCUGCGCUGUGUGGUUCUGGCUGCACAGGUGUCUGCAGAGAUGUGGCGCAGAAAUGGCCUCUCCCUUGUCAGUCAGGUAUACUACUAUCAGGAUGUUAAAUGCAGAGAUGAAAUGUUCGAUAAGGACAUCAUCAUGCUUCAGAUUGCUGCUUCCAAAAUGGACCCAAACCACUUCAUCAUGCUAAUUCUAAUGAGAUUUGAGCUCUUCGAGGUUUUUAAUGGAAAUGGUUCAACUAAAGAUCAGGACCUCCUGAAACAGUGGAACAGAUUGACAGAAGAAAUGCUGUACCUGUUUAUCAUCAUCACAGGUGAGCGGUAUGUUCCUGGAAUCAGCGAUGUCACUAAAGAGGAUGUGAUAAUGAGGGAAGUGAUUCAUCUGCUGUGUAUAGAACCCAUGGCUCACAGCAGCUUGGUCAAAAGCCUACCUGAAGAUGAAAGUCAUGAAACUGGGCUUGAAACUGUUAUUUCUAAAGUUGCAACAUUCAAGAAACCAGGAGUUUCUGGUCAUGGUUUAUACGAAGUAAAGAAGGAAUGUCUUGAGGAAUUUAAUCCCUUCUUUUACCAUUACACCAAAUCCCAACAUAGCAAGGCAGAAGAUGCACAGAAGAAGAGAAGGGCCCAGGAAGGCAGCGAUAAAGCUCUCAGGCCCCCCCUGCCACCUGGCUUCUGCCCCGCCUUCUCCAGCAUUGUUAACCUGCUGUGCUGUGACAUCUUCCUCCACGUGCUGAGGACAGUGAUGCAGAGAGUGGUGGAGGAGCGGUCUGCUCUGUGGAGUGAAGCUAUGGUGCAGAGGGCGUUGCAUCUUGUAGGCCAGGCAUUACUGGAGGAGAAAACUCAGCUGGAGGCCGACAGCGUUGAGGACGUGAUCUUUGACUUCAGUCUCAAGGCUCGAAAAAUUGGCACGGCUCACAGCAAGUCGUUGUUCCAUUUCAUUUCUAAACUGAAGGCGCUUCCUUCCCUUGAAGCUCAGAAGGAUAUGAUUAAUUGGACACUACAGUUGUUUGAGACAGUGAAGUGCCGUCGUGAGAAAUCCAGCCCUUCUGCUUCAUGCACUUUGGAUCAGAUGAAACCUGAGGAGAGCGUUCAGGACAAAGAGAAAGCAGAGCGUAAGAGGAAGGCAGAGGCUGCCAAGCUGCACAGGCAGAAGGUCAUGGCUCAGAUGUCUGCCAUGCAGAAGAACUUUAUCGAGACUCAUAAGAUGCUCUAUGACAACGUACCUGAGAGCGGCAGCCAGGGGGAGCCAGCGGCAUGCUGGGAGAGAUUAAUGGACGUAGGAGAGAGGCGUGUGGCACUAGGUCCUCAGCAAGGUGUGGGUUCCUCAGACUGGGAGACUCUCACCUGCAUCCUCUGCCAGGAGGAGCAGGAGGUGCAGGCUCUGGCUCCUGCCAUGGUCCUCACCGCCUGUGUGCAGAGGUCCACAUUACUCACCCAGAGCAGAGGAAAGAGUCUCUCCUCCAAUGGAAGCUACCCCCUGUUCAUGCCUGCUGACCUGGCUGUAGGCACACACACCGGGAGUUGUGGGCACGUCAUGCAUGCCAUAUGCUGGCAGAAGUAUUUUGAGGCUGUGCAGAACACUACUCGAAACCGGCUGCACGCAGAGUUGAUCAUAGACCUGGAGAAUGGAGAGUACAUGUGUCCACUCUGCAAGUCUCUCUGCAACACAGUGGUGCCUCUGAUGCCCGUGGAGCCCUGCCAGCUCAACUAUGAGAGUGCUGAGCUGGUUGGUCAGCUUCUCACUCUUCCCCGUUGGAUACAGAUAGUACUGGCUCGCAUCAGAGGGCUCAGAGCUGCUCAUGAAGCUGACAGUAGUGCUGAGAUUGGAAAAGCUGAGUGUGGGUUCUUGGAGGACAGGCAGACAGACUUCAGGUCAAUCCUCAGCUUUGGAGUCCAGCCACCGCCCAAAUACUCGAGCAGCAUAGUGGAGAUGCUGAUAGUGUGUGCCACUACGGUGCACAGGGUGGGACUGCAGACUGCCCCCAAUGAACUCUGCCCUUACGUGCCUGUCAUGACUUGGAACACAUGUGCCUACACCAUCCAGGCUAUGGAGAACAUGUUACAGGAAGAGGGGAAAGCACUGUUUGGCUCUCUGCAAAACAGACAGCUGGCUGGUUUGAAAGCACUGGUGCAGUUCUCAGCUGUUCAGCGAUUGAAGUGCUCAGCAACUCUCAUACACAAUCAUUUUUCACACAUGCUGGCAGUCUUGCUACCUGUCUCUCAAAUUGAAAACAGCCCCUCAAUAUUAGAAAUAGACUUAUUUCAUCUCUUGGUGGGGCUUGUUCUGUCUAUACCUGCUAUGUACCAAGAGGAGAAUGUUGAUCUGCAGCCCUCAGCCAUCAGUACAGCAUACAACCACCUGCACCUCAUGCACCUGGUCACAAUGGCCCAUGUAGUGCAGGUCAUCCUGUCCUCACAAGACACCAGUGCUGUAGCUGGAGGGGCAGAGGAAAGGGAAGAGGCUGUAUCUGCUGCAGCCUUGUACUGCACAAUAUCCCAGCACACAGACGGACUAAAGACAGGUGUAUCAGGCUCUAUGAUUGCAGACCGAGUGAGGAAUAGUGUUCUGCCUUUUCUUCGCUGUGCUGCAAUCCUCUUUAAUUGCCUUUCUGGAGUGCAACCUCCAGAGGAGCUCUUCAGCACUGCAGUGUCCAGUGAGGAUCAGCUGACUCUGCUCUGUAGUUAUCUGGCGUUGCCCUCCAACCUGUUCCAGCUCUUCCAGGAUCACCGAGACAUUGUCACUCCCCUUUUACAGAGGUGGUGUGGAAACGCAGCCAUAUUAAAAGCUCUGAAGGCAGAAACGCCCAUGAUCAGGUAUCCACGUAAGAGAAACAGCCUGAUAGAUCUUCCCGAGGACUAUAGUGUGCUGCUUAACCAAGCCAGUCAUUUCAAGUGUCCCAACUCGUCGGACGAGGAGCGGAAGCACCCAACGCUGUGUCUGUUCUGCGGUGCGAUGCUCUGUUCGCAGAGCCCCUGUUGCCAGGAGCAGCUGGAGGGUGAGGAGGUCGGUGCCUGCACAGCCCAUGCUGCUACCUGUGGUGCUGGGGUGGGCAUGUUCCUCAGGAUAAGAGAGUGCGAGAUUGUUCUGAUGGCCAGUAGGACGCGAGGAAGCACAUAUCCAGCCCCUUACCUUGACGACUAUGGAGAAACGGAUCCUCAGCUAGGGCGUGGGAACCCUCUGCACCUGUGUCCUGAGCGCUACAGGAAGCUGCACCAGCUGUGGCUGCAGCACUGUAUCCUGGAGGAGAUCGCACGCAGCCUGGAGGUGCUCAACAUCAUGUUUGCCUUCGAAUGGCAGAUGUUAUGAGUUCAGGGGUGGACGGAGCCAGACUACAGAAAGGAAGAGCAAAGAGCCAGAGGCCCGUGGGGAGGGAGUAUCCCACUCUGCCCAGCCUCUCGCAAGUGCUGUUUUACCAGCUGACAUUUGCUCUUUCAGCAUUUAUCUAAAGAGUAGCCGGUCUGGGGAGGGGGGUGGCAGGGAAAGCUCAAGGUCAGGAUGUUCUUUUGCCUCUUUUUCUGGUCCUUUUGCCUUUGAGGACUGGCCUCUCUGAGACAUGUCCACACAUGCAGCUUUAGGUUCUAUUUGCUCAGCUUGAUGUUUUUCCAUGGUGAAGUGAACUAUUGUUUUCUGCGUUGUUUUAUAAAUGUUGAGAAUCAGACUGCGAAAUAGGGUUGCAUUGUUUACCUGUGUGAGCAUGUUCUGCUGACAAGCUGCCUAUUCUUAUGCACUUGUGUAAAAAGCUUCCUCUCUAGCCCUCCUCGGCCAUGGACCUCUCACCUCUAAUUGUCCUUACUGUGUGAAAAUCUUUACAACGCUGAAUAUAUUAUACCAACAUAAUAUAUUAUGCAAAAGUCCCUUAAAAGUAUGUUCAUUAUUUCCAAAUUGGCAAAUUGUUUUGCCAGUUAAAUUGUAUACUUCUGGCAGGGUUUAUGCUCUUUUUCAAAUGUGAUAUAAUACAGAAACAUGUAUAUAAAACAAUAAUGGUUGAUUAUUUUAUGAUAUGAAUACAAGUCAAACAUCAUGGUACCACUACAACACAAGCAGUUCAAAGUUGAUAAUCAUUAGAUCACAAAACAGAGCUUACAGAAAACAUUGAUGUGUGAAUUUAAUCAUGAACCAUAUUUGAGUGACAGUGAAAUGUGUUUUUACUUCAGUGAUGUUACUAUCAUAUCUGUUCAUUGUUCUGUUUCAUAUCAGAUGCUUCAGUUGUUUUCAAGCUGAAGAUGUGAAUAGUUACACUUUGCAGUGGCUUGCUAGCAGUCCUCUGACAGGAAGUCGUCUGGAAGUCAUCUUGGCUGACUAAAAUACACUAAUUUAAAAUAUUUCAUGCCUUUACUGGUGAGCCAUUUUAUAUAGUAGUUUCUUAUAAGAACAUCUUUGGAGUAUUUACAUACUUUGAAAUGGAGUUAAGUUAAUGAAGGUUAAAGGUUUAGUUAAAGUUAAAGGUUUACACUCAAUGAGAUCAUUACUGUUCAUUUUCCAGUAUUUUUUUUGUUUGUUUGUGGGGUUUAUUUUACUUUUGUCUUCAAUGUUACAUUUGGUGCACAUGAGUGUCAGGAUGUUCCUUAAUUGUAGCAUGUCUAAUUUUUACCUUUUCCAGAUUUUUUAUCCAUAAUUCUGAUCAUAGCUCACUACUUUCAUCCUUUUAAAAAUGUUGAAUCUAAUUAUAUGUAAUUGACACAUUAAAGGGAGUCUCUUCAUAUGAGACAUGCAGUAUAUGUCUACUAAUCAUUGCUAUUUGUUGCAAUAUGGAAACUAUGGUUCAAAAUAAUUUGCAACUUUCAUCAUCUAACAUUUCAAACUUUUGUGAAACUUCUACCCAAACAAAAAAGUGCUUCAGUCUUUGUUGACAUUAAUCAGCAUUUAUAACAUCAAUAAUAGUAAAAAUGAUGAUUACAAUGAUUAUUGUGGUAAUGGCAGUAUAUUAAAUUUUCUGUGCAGUUGCUUUGAUAUUGAAAAGGUUUCUGAGACGGUUAGUUAUUCUUCUCCAGCUUCACUAGUGAUAAAGGCACACUUUUGAAGAUGGUACACAAUUCUGGUUUUCUGUUUUCUUCCAGUAAACAUGUUGAAAUAGCACAUAUGAUGUCUUAGGUCUGUGUCUGCCUUUUCAGAUAGGAGACUAAAAGCCAAAGUCCCUAAAAUCUAAGGUAAAUAAAUCAUUGAAUGUUGAGCAGAAUUCUAAUGUGUUAAAUGCUGAACAUCAAGCAAGAGACGUUCUCAAAAUCACUCAGAAAGAAUAAGAUUGUGGUGUGAUUUUCAAUCAGUAAGGCCUCAAAUAGCUUUUUUUUCCAUGGCAGAUGUGAUGUUUCUUUUUCUUUUACCACUCUCACACAUAGGUCUCAUUCAGACAUGUUUUAGGCCGUACUGUCUCCGCUGUUAGUGUAUUAAAUGUCUUCUCACCCUGUCACCGAAUGAAUAAAAUGAUUACGCUAUUCA